AUGGCCCCUAAGCCCGCGUCUACUGCCGGAAAGGCCCCUGCUUCCACCGCGUCCAAGGCACCAGCAAAGUCUACCGAAGGUGCGAAGGCGGCCAAGAAGACCAGCAAGGCCGCAGCGCCCGCUGACGGCGAGAAGAAGAAGAGAAAGAAGGUCCGAAAGGAGACUUACUCCUCCUACAUCUACAAGGUCCUCAAGCAGGUCCACCCUGAUACGGGUAUCUCAAACAAGGCCAUGGCCAUCCUCAACUCCUUCGUCAACGAUAUCUUCGAACGUAUUGCUACUGAGGCUUCUAAACUCGCUGCUUAUUCGAAGAAGUCCACCAUCUCCUCUCGUGAAAUCCAAACGUCCGUUCGUCUCAUCCUCCCUGGUGAACUCGCCAAGCAUGCCAUCUCAGAGGGUACCAAGUCGGUGACGAAGUUCUCGUCUGCGGGUGCCAAGUAG